AUGGAGAUUAACAAUAAAAACACUGACUUUAAGAAGCAUCCUCCACAAUAACAUCAAAUCAUCUUUUUUAGCAACCCUCCUCAGCAAUAUCUCAAUAAACACUAGUCAAAUGAGAUUUAUGAUGAACAGGAAAUGCCUUUAAACAAUGCAGAUGAUGAAGACAUCGAUGAAAUGGAGAGCUAUACACCAGUAUAGAAGAAAAUUUUCACCGUUGAAAAAACCAGCAAUAAUAUGUCUUAGCAGUAUUAACCUCCAAAUCGUAGAGCAGAAAUACAUCAAUCAAGUAUAGGAAUGAGACAUCCACUGAAUUCUAGUGAGCUAUUCAAUGCAUUUUCCAAAGAAAAUCAAAGAGAAAAUAAGACAAUGAUUAAUAUCAAUAAGAGCUAAUGGACUGAUAAUUCUUCUCAUACUCCCAAUAGUUUGAGAAAUGAAUUCUCUCGAAUACAAAAUUAAACCUAUUUGGGAGGCAUGACUAACAAAAAGCUCGAGUAAAGCCACUUUCUUGACUAGAAAAAGCCUGUGGCGAGAAAUUUCUUUGGAUAAAAUUAGUAAAUGAGUAAGAGUAUAGAUGAAUUUAAUGAAAUGAAUUAAGAUCAAGAAUAUCAAAUGACGGACCAAGACUUCGAUGGCCAUGAUGAUUAGCAAGUGCAAGAUGAGGAGUUAUACUCAGCCUAAGACUAAGAUUUAGACGACUAGAACGACAGGAAUGAUGAAGAAGAGUAGGAGGCAGAUGAAGAUGUGCACAGUCAAGAAGAUGAAGGAAAUAUACCUCAGUCAAGUACUUCAGUAUCCCCUGAUGAUAAAGUUGCAAAAAAGAACAUUAAUCUUAAUCCGAAUUAAAUAGAAUACUUUAGCAAUAUAAUUGAAGAAAAUGAUGAAGAAAAUAGAGAAAGUAAUGUAAGAUCCAGCAAUUAAACGACUUCUAAAUAUUCUGCUAGUGCUUUGUUUAAUCAAAAGGUGAACAACAAUGUCAUAAUAGAGAGGAAUGACAGGUUCGUUGUUUACAAAAUGAUUCCUUAAGCAAACAGUACUUCAGCUACAAAGCAAUCUCAUAUAAGUAUGAAAGAUCAACCUACUCCUACAAUAUCAGACAGAAAUAAUUAGAUUAAAAAUAUUCAAAGCAACAAAUUCUAUAGUGAAACUGUUGAAGAUGUUAAUUCCUCUGAUUCUGACAACUAAGAAUACUCUUCAUACAGUAUGAAUCAAUAAAAGAACUUCUACCCAUAAAAACAAAAUCAAGGUUAUUAAGAACAAUUUUAAUCACCAACUCAUCAUAUGAUUAAUUUAGCUGAUGAUAGUCUAUUUGAGGAAGCAAGAAAUGCAUCUAAUGAAGCGAACAAUAUGCGCAAUAAGAUUGUAUAGAGCUAGCCAUAAUUAAUUAAAAAAUUGGAAAAACCUCCAAUGAGUAAAAAAAGCGAUUAAACUACUCCAAACUUAUAAUCAAAUUAAAAAAGUUCUAGAAGGGAAUUAAUAGUAAGCCCAAAUUAUGUAGAUAGUGGAAAGACACAGAUUGAUAGCAUUUCUAAAAAUAGAAAUGUGCAGAAAUUGUCAGAUGCAUCAUUUGAAGAUGCUAAGAAGUCUCUAGAUAAUGAUUUUAAGAAACAGUAAAUCCAUAAGUCUCAAACUGGUGAAUCUAAAUCUUCAAGCGGAAGAUUUAAGAUAUUGAAUAAAUUAGAAAGAAAAAAUAUUACUGAGGAAAAUGUUGGUGCAACUUUUGAAUUCAAUUUAACAAAUAAUAACAGCAGCAAUUUGAAUAACCUUAUAUAAUAUUCCUAGGGACCUAAUACCUAGCAUGAUAAUUUCCUACUUCAAACUUAAGAGAUAGUAGAGCCAAUAAAAAUUAAUGAGCGAAGAUAAUCUGAUAGUGCGGUAUUAUAGCUACAAAUGAUUAAUGUAUAAACCUAAAACACAGCUACAUAGAUGACUCACUCUACUAUUGAUAAUCAAAAUAACAAAGAACAUUUAGAUAAUAAACUUCUAGAGUAGUAUAAAUAACUGAAGAGGACAAUGAAUAAUCAAGACAAAAGCAAAAAAGCUAAUUAAAAGGAUAGCAGACCUCUUAAUAACAAUCUAUUAAUCAGUAAGCAAGUUUAAGGCAAGUAAAAUAAUGUGAUAACUUAGCAAAAGCAUUUGACCUCUAAUAAUAACAAGUAGCAGCAAAAUAAAAAUUAAAGAUAAUUGGACAUACUUAAUGAUUAAAGGGCAAAAGGCUAAAAGAACUACAAACAAGAAAAUGAUGAGUAGAACUAUAAGUAAUAAUUCAAUAGUGGUAAUUUGAUGAGUUCCUAUUUGAGUGAUGGGAGGGAUGAAGAUUAAACAAGACAAGGUAGCAGUAAAAUUGCUGGAUUACUAAGUGUUUAGUAAUCAACUAAGGCAAAGGAUGGAAGAAAUAAGAAUCUUUUCAUUAAUAACAAUGAACAAAAUUCUAGAACUGCUAACUAAAAGGAUAGAUAAAUUAGCAAUAAUAGGUUACAAUAGAAGAUAUCACCAAUUAGACCAAAUAACUAAAAAAUCUAGAAUUAAAAAUAAGCAAAAGCUAUUCAGUCUAACAAAAGAAGAAAUAAUGAAGAUUCAGAGGACCAAUCAAGUCAAUCUUCAAAAGACAACACCUAUAUAUAAUCUAAAAAGAAGUAAAAUCAGCAUUAAUAGACCAGUAAAGCAAACAAUAACUAAAAGAAAAAAUAACAAGUUACAGAAAAAAGGAAGCACAAGGUUCAUUCUGAUAGCGAAGAGUACUAUGAUGAAUAAAGUCACUCUAAUGAAGAUUCUCAGUCUGAUGACAACUCAAGAUCAUAAUCUUAAGCAUACUAAACCAAAUCUUACAGGUAAAAGAAUAGAUCUGAGAGUUAAGAUUCAGAAGAAAGUUAGCAUGAUAAUGAAAGUGAUGAUGGUAGAUAUCGCAAUGUAAACUCUGAUGAUGAGGAUGAUGAUGAUUAUGGCGAAGAUUAAGAACUCUCAGACUAUUCAAGAUCCGAAUAAUCUGUUGAGUAUUCAAGAUCAGAAGGAUCAAGCGAUAGUAAAUACAAUUCUAGCCCAGAAUACGUUAACAACUACAAUCAAAGCAGGAAAGAUUAAUCUCAUAAUUUGAGGCCGAAGUAGCAUCAUAAUAAGCACAAAUCGUAGUCAAGGCAAAGAUAAACAAAAAAAGUUGUAAAGCAAAUUGAUAGGAAAUAAUAUAAAAUCAACAUAAAUAUGCCUGGAGAUAAGCAUUCUAAAUAAAAAAGUUAAAACUAAAUUGCUCAAGAAGAAUAUUUAUUGAAAUAAAGGCAAUUGCUGCAACAGCAGUAGCAUAUGAUUCAAAUGGCCUAGUAUCCAUAGCAGCAAUUUAUGCUAUAAUAAUAACUAGCGUUGUAGCAGCAAAUGCUUAUGAAUCCAUUAGCUGCUCCACUUUAGCCACCAUUGCCAUAACAAACAUUCUACAACCCAACUAAUAUUCAAUCAACAAUAAACCUUGGUGUAGGAGGUCUCUAAAACUAGGCCUAAGUGAAUUAUGAUCAUAUGUAAAUGCAAACUUAAAGACACUAGUAAUAGCAGUAAUAAUAGUAGUAGUACAUGCAACAAUUGAAUCCUCAUUCCUCCAAAAUAGAUGACAGUUCUACGAAUAGAAAUCUCAGAAGAAACAUAAGUGGUAAUAGUAUCAAUCAAAUGAAUGAGCAAUUUGUCUAAAAUCUGAACUUUGGAUAAAAGAACAAUGAAAGUAUCUCUCCAAAGAGAGAUAUUAUGCAGAACAACUUUUAGCCAUAGACUAAUAGAGUUUACAAUAAUCCAAUGUUGUUAGCUAGAUCUCCCAGAGACAUUUCAGCAAAUAACUCAUAUAUGAGAGCAGGUUAGGAAGAUUUCAGCCAGUAUGAUAAGGCUACUAAUAUUACUCAGAUAAGUUCUCAGUAAAAUUAUUUACACCAGAUUAAAAAUCGAUUCAAAACUGGCGGAAAUUCUAGUAUUGAAUAAUAACCAUCUUAGUACGAAAUGGAGGAUAACUAGCAAAGCUUUAACCAAAUGUCAAGCAGGAACAAUAAGAUAAUACCUAACAAAUCUAGUCCUUUGUAAAGAUUUGACGUUAGAGAUCAGUGGAGAGAAAGACCAGAAUAAGAUUAGCGUUUUAACGAAAGAAAUGUCCAUAUGAAUCAAAGGUUCGAAGAGGCUAGGAAUUUCUAAUUAAAUGAAUAAAGAAAUUUAGACUACUCAAUGAAUUAAUAGCACAACUAUGACAUCCAAUUAUCUCAGAAGCAUACUAGAACAACAUCUUACAUUGAUUAUUCUAGAGAUCCCGAAUAUAGAAGAUCUUAUGAUGAAAAUGAAAAUGAAGAAUAAGAAUAAUAGAACUAAAGACGAUUAAUCAAACCCAGAAACUUACAAUAAUACGAAGAUUAUGAGUAAUAAGCAAGUGACCUUUCAGCGCCUAAUUUGGCUUGGAAAAAGACCGGAGAUUUUGCUCAAGAUAAUUUAUAUUCUAAAAAUGCUACUCCAAGGCCAAAUAAAGAAGAUAUAUCUCCCAUUGAGAAUAAAAAUAAUCGCUCACCUAGUGGAGAUCCAAAAGACCUAUCUGUUGAUGAAGGAGUAAAGGCUUCAAUGACGAGACAUAGUCUGUAAAAAUCCCCCUAAGAAGAGGAAUUCAGCUAAAGAAAUGAUUAGAAAAGACCAAAUUAACUUUCAAAGAAGGAUACUCAAGUAUUUCCAAAAUAAAAUUAAAUAGAGGUUGAUAGACCAAGUUUAAUAAAAUAAUAGUCACAUAAAAAUGAUAAUAAAAAGGGAGCUGAGUCAUUAUGGAUAGGAUUUGACGAUGAUAAUUAAGUCAGCGAUCCAUUUCAAAAUAAACCUAACCUAAAGUCAAGAGACAAAACAUAGGAAUAGCGAAGCAAAAGUUCUAAGCCUACUGAAAUUAAUCAAAGCAAUCCUGCUUAAACUCAAAAAAGAGUACCAUUUUAGCGAUAAAAAGAUAGGCAAAAAGAUAUGUAACUUGGUAGUCCAAUCAGAAAAGAAGAAGAUAUAAAACUUGCUAAAUAAACUCCUAAUCAAACUAAGCCAGUCUAAAACACCGUCUUUUCAGAAAGUCCUCUUAAAAAAGCAGUCAAAGAUAUUCAAGUUAAGUAACAUGUAAAAAAUAACUAAAAUACCUAGAUGUAAUCUCAAAAUUAAGCAAGUGAAGAAGAAGAUAUAAAAGACCCAGAUCAUAAUAAAGGGAUAGUAAUUGAAAUAUUUGACAAAAAACUUGGAAAAUUACCUUAGCAAGAAGUAUCUUUGGCUGAAAUGUUCAAGGCGAAAAGAAAGGAGGCAAUCGGAAAGUAAGAGAUAAAAUAAAAGCAAGAUUAAGAUCUAUAAGUUGCAGCUGCCAGCUAAGAAUCUUAUCAGGACAAGCCUGCAAAGAAAGGUGAAAAGUCUAAAGAAGAACUUGCUGAACUCAGAAAGUUGAUGAUGAAGAGUAAGGUAAAGAGAAAAGACGAUAAUUAAUCUAAAGAUAAUGCUAUUGGACAAGACGGAAUGGCUAAUGGCGUAGUUGGUGGAAAUGAUGCCAAAAAAUAAAAGGGCAUAGCAAAUGAAAAUUUAAUGAUGAGAUUGGCUAUGGGCAAGAAAGUCCAGGUUGAUAAGAAGGAGAUGAAAAAGCUUACUUCAAAGAAUUACUAUAAUCUACCUGAGAUAAAAAAGAAAAAGGAAGAAGAAUAAAAGCGACUAGAAAAUGCAGCAAGAAAGGCAGCAGCAGCUGAUUAUAUGAAGCAGUUUAACGAGAAAAGAAAGCAAAUGCUAAAGAAGAAGAAAAGCACAGUAAAUGAUGGAGGCGAUGACGAUUGA